AUGUCGAUAGGGGUUCCUAUAAAAAUUUUACACGAGGCUGAAGGACAUAUUGUCACGCUUGAAACUAUGACCGGUGAAGUGUACCGAGGAAAGCUUGUUGAGGCUGAAGACAACAUGAAUUGUCAGAUGUCUAACACUACGGUAACUGCAAGAGAUGGCCGAGUGUCACAACUAGAACAAGUGUUCAUUCGAGGAAGCAAGAUCCGCUUUUUGAUUCUCCCGGACAUGUUGAAAAAUGCUCCCAUGUUCAAGAAAAUGACACAAAAGGGUUCUGGAGGCAGUGGAGCAGCUGGUAGAGGCAAAUCAGCUAUCCUGAGAGCACAAGGUAUAAUAUUAUCACUGUCAGUUGAUUGUUAAGUAAUGGUCUUUUGUGUUUGCUUCACAUCAAAGAGACCAUUACUUUAAAUUAAAUCGAACUUCAUUUUGUAAGGGGAAUAGCAUUAGUGGGAAGCAACCUCAGAAUACCUAGCCACCUCGAAGCGGUGUCAAUCAACUUCUGACUUAGUCGCACAGUGAUUAAGCAAAUGGUGUGUUUUCAAUUCACACUCCCAUACUCCCAUUGUUCUGUAGGUAUUUCUGAAGUUUAGCCUCUGAAUGCCACAGUGACCUAAGACUGAGGCAGGAUUUGCUUAGUUGAUAGGGAGCUUGACUGCACAGUAGGAGGUCCCAGGUUCAAUGCCCCUGGGGCUGGAGCAAUAUCAGGGUCUUAAAAUUAGUUUAGAAGGGAAGUUAAUCCCUUUCCACUGCAACCGGCCAGACCUUCGUGUGGCUCAGGCAACCAUGUAAAAUGGCAGUCGCAGGGCAAGUAAAUUUGGAUCUUUGGCGAGGAAAAAUAGAAGUUUGAUCAAAUUAGACUCUGUGGUCCAGUGAGUCUGUCUGAAAGUGUCAGCUUAGUAAAUGGUUAUUACCAGACAAUAACUAAUUCAAAACUGAAGACUGCAAGAUGAGUUGGACAGUUAAAAGCAUGAAUCAAUUUAAAAUCCAAGUUUGCAUUUGCUUGCUCAUGUUACUCCUUCGAACACCAUAUUUGUCAAAUCUAAGACAAAUAUAAUAAUAUUACAAAUACAAGCAACGAACCUCGAAACACAGAAACACACAAAACGGAUCCAAAUCCACCAAUCAAAAAUGACAAACAAUGACCUUUUGAACCGAUUGAAGUAAGCUACUGUUUCCUAAGAGGUUUACUAAGAUGAUUGAUGGUAGCAAAAAACAGGGCAGUUGGCUUUUGCCCUUCAGAAUUUGUGUGUUUUUGAAAAGCACAGUAAGUGUGGGAAAGCUUGUUAACUAUUCUUUAACAUCAAUUUGAAGCCAAGCAGACUAGAGACACUGCAAAGGCACUUGAAUCAAAAUACAAGAAUAAGGAUUUGGUGCCUUUUCUGUAUGCAGCAAUGGCACCAAAAAUUUAGGGAAAAGCUAGAAAAAAAAAUGAACGAAACUUGAGCCUCGUUAUGCUCAUUUCUUGUGUUAUUUUUACAGCCGCUGCAAGAGGAAGAGGCGCACCAACUCGUGGCGGCAGAGGAGCCAAUGUUUUCCAAAGAAGAAGAUAGC